CGAAGUUACCGAAUCCACCAAGUUAUUUUUUACAACUUCCUCAAAUGUGACACCUACAGGCGGUGCGUUCACUGUUUACGACGGAGUUCCGUCGCUGUCGCGGUAGCUGAAGCAAUCGCAGUCUUACUAACGGAAUAUUUUCCGCCUCGGAGGCAGUUUAUUAGCAGUUAUGACAUCAGGAAAAAUGAAAGAGGAAAGGAACAGUCAGGAUGAUAGAGUAAAGGAACACUGACACUUUGAAAAACCUUUGUUUGCAGCCCUAACGUCCAUGAAACACUGGCACAAACCAUGCUUGAACAAUGGAGACGUAAUUAUUAUUAUUAAGGCGCUUAAUUGGACGAUACCAAUACAAGUUUGUCAUCUGAGUGAAUGUCAAAAACGCCAACUAUUUUUUUUCAGAUGAUAAUUCACCUCAAAUAUGUAGGGCCAUUCACACCGUGAUUGAUAAUCAAUGCCUCAGUGGCUGUAUGUUUUUUUUUUUUCUAAUGGUCUUUGCAUUUUUUUUUUCAAAGCUCACGUUCUUUUCUGUUUUUCACAUUCCCACACACAGCAGGAGGUCAGGGAAUUCUUGGAGGGUCAGUUGAACCCACGGGGGCGCAAUCAAAAGCAGGAUCGGCGUGUAAACAAAUCCACGCUCAGCUACGGCUCCGUUUUUGGGAAAUGAUGAAUUAAUAGGUAACUUCUCAAUAUUGGCUCAUCCAAUCCCUCUUGUGUCUGUUGAUAAAAGCCCAUCUCCUGCAAAACCUGCCAUUUUUUUGCCUCCUCGGUUCUUGAAGUUUCCAAGAUGCAGCUACCAGUUCAUUGGGUUGCGUGUGCAGCACUUUUUUGUGUCCUAAUGGGUGGGGAGGUGCGGUGCGAUUGUACCGAGGACGAUAUCGAAAUCGAGGGAGGUAAUUACACACUGACCAAGGGGCUAAAGGUAAGCAGCAUGCUGGUCUACCACUGCCCCGAGGAUUUCUAUCCGUAUCCCGCCAAAAUCCGUGUUUGCCAGCACGAUGGCAGUUGGAAGGGAGAACCCGAAAGCUCUCAGCCUCAAUCAUGCAGGAAGGUUGAGUGCCCGAACCCCUUCGUGCUGAUGCACGGCACUGUCACGCCUCCUCAAGAGAAAUACUUUGUAGACAACGAGACCGAUUAUGAGUGCUACUCGGGCUACACACUGCGAGGUUCAGCCAGGCGGGUCUGCUUACCAAACGGCAAGUGGAGUGGCUCCACUCCCAUCUGCGGCCGUGACUCAGGAAGCGAUUGUCCUGACCCGGGGAUCCCGGCUGGUGCCAUAAGAACCGGCAAUUCGUUCGGACUAGACGACAAAGUGAAAUACAGCUGCAGCGGCGAUAUGUUUCUGGUUGGCUCCCGCGAGCGAGUGUGCCUGGAGAAUGGCCAGUGGACUGGCACGGAACCAGCUUGCUACUACAAAUACACAUAUGAUACGCCACUGGAAGUUUCGGAAGCGUUUGGCAGCGCAAUCAAAACCAGUCUCACCACUCUGGAACCCACAGACGACACACAGGAGGGCAGAAAAAUCCGGAUUUCAAAAUCGGGAACGCUCAAUAUCUACAUUGGUGUGGAUAUUUCUGAGAGUAUUGAAGAAGAGCACUUCAAUGACGCCAGAGAUGCUGUAAUUAAGCUUAUCACCAAGAUUUCAUCUUUUCCUAUCUCUCCAAACUAUGAGGUUAUAUUUUUCUCUUCGGCUGUAUAUGAAAUUGUCAACAUUCUGGAUUUUUUGCAAGGCAAGGUCCAACUGAACAUCUUGAAAAAGGAUUUGGAGAACUUUAAAAUAGAAGACAGAAACACAGCCGGAACUGAUCUGAACCUGGCCUUCACAACCUUCUUGGAGCGCAUGGCGCUUCUAAAACAGCAAGUAGGGGAGGAGGGCUUUAAGGAGCACCGUCACGUCAUCAUUCUUUUUACAGAUGGUGCUUACAAUGUGGGUGGUUCAGCUGAGUCUACAGUGGAAAAAAUGAAGGACAUGGUAUACAUGGACCCAAAUUAUAGGCGGAAGGAGCCAGCGAGAGCAGACUACUUGGACAUUUACAUUUUCGCCAUCGGGGCGGUGAUCUUCGACAACGACUUGAAGCCUCUCGUCGUGGGGACGGGUGGCAACCAUUACUUCAGGAUGAACGAAAUAAAAAAAUUGCAAAAGACAUUUGAUGAAAUGAUCGAUGAGGAUGAAGUCAAAGGUUUAUGUGGUCUCCACAAGGAUUAUCUGACCACCGAAAAACGGGAAAAUUAUCCAUGGGCGGCCCAGAUUGUUGUCCAGAACCGUGAUGGAACCAUGAAAUGUAUGGGCUCUCUGGUGACCCCCAUGUUUGUCCUGACUGCCGCUCACUGCUUCACGUUUGAAAAUCGGCCCGAACACGUCACGGUCGACAUCGACGACGGACAAGGGAGAAUAAAGCGAGUUAAGAAUUUCUUUUUACACCCAAAGUUCAACAUCAAGGCUAAAGUGGAUGAAGGUGUGAAAGAGUUUUACGACUAUGACGUGGCUCUCAUCCAACUUACUGAAUUUGUGAAAAUCUCCACUCUGGUCAGACCCAUUUGCAUACCCUGCACCAAGGAGACCAGCGAUGCUCUAAAACUGGUUGGUGAAUCCACCUGCGCACAACAAGAGCAGGUCCUGUUAAACAAUGAGAAACUUGCUUUCCUGACACGCGUGGGAAAAUGGGUGGAUGAAAAACAGGUCCACGCUAAACUUGGCGAUAGCAGGGAUGAAUGUAUCAAACAUGCGUUGAAGGCAGCAGGCAUCACAACAACCAAACCGGAGGUUCCCGUGACCCAAAACUUCCUGUGCACUGGUGGUCUGACGCCAUUCAGAGAUCACAUUGCAUGUACAGGUGACUCUGGAGGAGCUGUGUUCAAAAAUUAUGAGCAUCGCACAGUGCAGAUUGGAAUUGUCAGCUGGGGAACCCAAAAUUUGUGCAAGGGUGGCGGUCUCUACGAAUCACAGCAGAAUUCCCGAGAUUUCCACAUCAACGUCUUUCGGGUUGUACCUUUCCUCAAAACCAUCCUUGGGAACGAUACCCAGAAUGAUUAUGCAUCACUGGAGUUCUUGAAGAGCUAAAGGCUUACGCUAUCAAGAGUCGCUUCAACAAUGCUAUUAUUUUACCAUGUAUGAAGCAAAAGACAUUGUUUCAAUAUGAUAUUAAAAGCAUCACGAAAUCA